CUGGCCCAGUAGAAACAGAUGCAGGGCACCAGCCUCAAUAUUAUAAGAAACCAAACACUCUCUAGAUCUUAUUACGCGGUGAAGGCUUCAAGUAAAGCCAUCAUGCUACGUUAAUAGCUUGCCUGAGCAAUGGCGGAAACAGCCGACAGGGUGCUUGUCCCUCGAUCGAUUUUUCACCUGUUAUAGUGCCUCGCUGGAUGGCUGCUACAUUGGACUCAGAACGCCACGAGAAAACAUCUUUCGACGGCGAUCUACCUAGCGAUGAACAACAUGAACUAGACAGCGCAAUUCUGAAGCGAUUGGGGACGAAGCCUUCCUUGCACAUACUUCUCUUCGUCAUCACCAACGACGACCCGAGGCUUAAAAGCCUCACACUCCAAGAAGCAAAGGAUCUCAUCUCUGGACACCCUUACAUGGUGGACAUGCUACAGAACUCAUUGGAAGCCCGCUCAUUUAGAGAAGUCCAGCGUCUGGAGGUUCUUUGGCCAGCUGGCGCGCACUAUGAACCACAACUAUCCGAUAGGGAAAUGUGGCGUCAAUCCCUAACCAUGUCCACGGAGGAACUGCGGGCCAUGCUCGAGUCUUCAUUUCGUAGGAAUUAUCGUGGAGAUAUGCCUCAAAUUUUCCUACAAGCCCUUAAUGCUUACGGCGAGAUGUACAAUGCCGACGCGCAUUACGGACACAGUAUUCCCAUUCUACAAUCGAGUGCAACGGGGAAAUCACGCCUCGUAGCAGAAGUGCUGAAAAAGGUGCCUGGCAUAAGUAUCUGCUUCCGCAAUUCGAACCGUCCAGAGGCUGGCUGGCCUCCACGAGAUGAGGCCAUGUGUCGAUGGGUAGAAUCAAAAUCGACCGAACGAUGUUUGGGUGAAGAAAUAGCCGCUGCCCUUCUUGGGGCACUUUUCAAGGAGGCAUGCGAAGGCCUUGGUCGUAAUCCAGAUGAGGAUGUCGAGAUUCAAAUGGGUGCCUGGGCACGCGCAUCUGCGUUGCGUGGGGCGUGUUUUGAAUCUGUACUCGAGGAGGCUUAUCGGUCCCUUACAACCCUACCAGGUCAUUUGGUGGCUCGACGACAGAGGAUCAUCGUAGAAAAUGACCUUCGUGGGGUUGGUGAAUGGCGUAAAGAACUGUACCGGCACUUUUGCUUGGAACCGGCAAAGAAUCUGGCCGUUGAUCUCCAGCGUCUUAAGCAUGAUAAGUUCAUCAUUGCGUUCGACGAAUGCACCAACAUGGGUUCAACACGCGAACCUGCCGUCCGGACUAACCCGAGGUCCCUAUCUCCCGCUUAUGGGAUGUCAUUACUAGCACUUCUGCGGAUGAUUAAGGCUCAAGACGAAUUUCCCAUUGACAAAUUCAACUUUUGGUUUCUUUUCCUCGAUACGGAUCCUAUGGUUGCCCAAUUUUUUGAUGCAUGCCUCGAAGUUCCAUCAGUCCGGGACACGCGGCUCAUGAUGCUUGGGCCUUGGGUGCGUUUAGGUUUUGACGUCAUGGUUGAGUCAUCAGCGAAGACUCCUGGAGAUGCAUUGUUGUACAACCAUUUAAUACGUUAUGGCCGCCCGUACUGGUCCACCUAUGAUUCAAUAAGUUUUAUAGCUGUGACUAAACACAAACUGUACAUGCGCUCAGGGACCCCUUAUCUCGAUCCCUCUACUGGAUCUAUUCUUGCCGCAGAAGGCGUCCGCAGCCAUAUGCGAAUCCUGAAGAACGUUAUUGAUCCCUCGCUUAUUAAAACGGUCACCCCUUCUGAGCCACCACUAGCGAUCGCGGCCAUGAAGGAGCUGAUGACAUCGCGGGAGGCGUACAAGAAAGCUCUCAACACGUUGGUUAAUGAAGUAAUAAUUAACGAAUCCAUCCUCGAGCGAGGAUAUGAGAACGAAUUAUUCAGCCGCGUUCUGUUGACCCUUGCGCGGGAUUGGGCGAGUAGGUUCAGUAGGCUCCUGCAGGUUCCCGUCGUAUCAGCUAGUGUGUUCUUGACCACCCUCCUUGGCGAAAACCUGGGGUUGCUCCCCAAUGAUCGAGGCCACCAGCUUUUAAAAGAGAUGGACGACACUCACAUCAACUUCACACAUAUAUUUCAGCUGACGGAUGACAUCGACAAUUUAUCCUUUGAUUUCCUCCGCAAUGCGUGGUGCCGUGGUGCCGCAUUUCUGUGCAAGUCCAAACAGCCCUGUAUCGACGGAUUCAUUGUUACUUACAGUGGAUCACUUGAUGACCCCUUUGAACUGGAAGGGUUCAGUUACAUAGCUUGGCGAUCGAAGCUGCGCGUUGAUAAAUCUACUUCCACCAUCCCUUUGGAGCUUGCUGGGCCUCAGAUCGAAGGCCGGAAACCUCAAUCGGCUGUGUUGUUAUUCAUGGAUUUGGGUAACAACUCUCGUUUUGGAUCAGCGGAAGGACAAUUGUGUCAACUCACCUUUGAGCCCGCACGGCAUCCGGACGUCCCUGAGCGUCGAUGGGAAGGUUAUAUGCCUACCCAAGAGGAGGAACCCCCUCGAUGGUGCAUCCAUGCUCGAGGACACACAUGUGCCACAUACCCUUUAAUUGAGGAGGUUGAACCGGAGCUGACUACUCUUCUCAACCGAUCUUUGCGCUGGGCGGAUCGGGAAGCUUUUUCGCAUUUUGCCUCGGCAAUGAGGGCUCAGUUGGACCCUUUCCGCCAUGUGGCAAAGACCCACAACCCAAUUGUCGAGUAAGGUUGGUUGUACGGUAAGUGGUGAGGGAACAUAGCAUCCCGAACUGCGGCGCUUAUAUCGUACUACUAUCAAAUGUACUAAAUCAUGGUACUCCAUCCAAUGAAAUUCUAUGCAUUUUGGCAGCCACUUGGUUGGCCGAACUCGCG